AUUACACCUUAAUAACUAAAUAAUUUUUGGUAGUUUAUUGAAAUAAUCAACUGUAAUAACAGGAUUUUGGUUGAAAUGUAAUAAAUACCAUGGCCAGCCCGAGAUCAUUUUUACAAGAAUGGUGUUCAAAAAAAUCGCAUUAUGAUCUAGUGAGCCAAAAGAUUAUUAGGAAGUUCAGAUGUAAAUGCUGUUGUGUUGUACAUGAAAAUUGAUCAAUCGAUUGGCACAGUUUAAUGGGAAAGUGGUUUUGGAUGUUGUGGUGUCAAUUUAAAAUCGCCUUGAGAGAAAUCGUAAGUGCUUCUACUCUUAAAAGAAGUAUGGAAAAUCUAGUGAAAAACGCUUUACCGCUCGGUAUUAAAGUAAAGCAUAUCAGUGUGCAGUGCACGAUUGUGGCGGCUGAAGCAGAUUCCGAUAACGCUGCGUGCAAUACUUCUUUGGGCGACGACGAAAAUAACGACCUUGCAGAUUUGUCAACUGGCAAGCGUAAGAUUUCCAACUCUCUGGAAUCUAGUAAAAAACACAAAAAACCGAAAUUAAACCCUAAACAAGCACGACAGGGUAUCUUGAAUUACAACGAAACGUCAUACUACUUUGAAAAUGGCCUGAGAAAAGUCUAUCCGUACUACUUCACCUUCACCACUCACACUAAAGCCAGAUGGGUAGGCAGAACUCUGCUCGAAGUGUUUGGUAACGAAUUCCGUGCACAUUCUUCCGAAGAGUAUGAAGAUCACAUUAAAAAAGGAUCGCUGACCAUAAAUAACGAACGGGUAAGUACCGAUUAUGUGUUGAAACACAAUGAUUUGUUAUCCAACAUUGUCCAUAGGCAUGAAGUGCCGGUUACGAGCGAUCCAAUCGAUAUAAUUUAUUUAGAUAAAAACAUUGUCGUCGUCAACAAACCCGCUAGUGUGCCCGUUCAUCCCUGCGGACGUUACAGACACAACACGAUGGUAUUUUUGCUGGCCAAAGAACACAAUUUAAAAGACUUGAAAACCAUCCACCGCCUCGACAGGUUGACCAGCGGCGUAUUGAUGUUUGGCAGAACCCAAAGUAUGGCACAAAAACUCGAAGAGCAAAUACGCAACAGAGUGGUCGAAAAGCAGUACGUCUGUCGAGUGGAAGGUGAAUUUCCCGAAUCUGUCGAAUGCGAAGAACCCAUCGAAGUGGUUAGCUAUAAAAUUGGCGUGUGCAAAGUGUCUCCAAAGGGAAAAGUUUGUUCCACGUCUUUCAAACUGAUUGGCUAUAAUAAAGAAUCCAACACGAGCAUUGUAAAGUGUUCGCCGCAUUCUGGACGUAUGCACCAGAUCAGAGUACAUUUGCAGUACUUAGGAUAUCCGAUUAAAAACGACCCGUUGUACAACGACACAAUAUUUGGUCCAGAAAAAGGGCGUGGUGGUGAUUUUGGCAAAACCGACGAGCAGCUCAUCAAAGAGUUGAUAUUCACGCACAACGCUGAGAAUUGGUCAGAAAACGAGAAGGACUCUCUUUCAUUAUCUACCAAUGACAAUUCAAUUAAGCCAGACUUGGUUACGUCCAACACCGACAGAAAACAAGAGCUAGACCCGUGUCGCACACGAGACGUAUGCACACAGACUGAUUAUGAACCACCAGAUUCGACAUUUGAUCCGAUCAAACUGUCUGUCGAUCCGUAUUGCAAAGAAUGCAAAACCCGCUACCGAGAUCCAAAACCCAAAGACCUUAUUAUGUAUUUACACGCUUAUCAGUACAGCGGCCCCGACUGGAAAUAUGAGACGGUAAUGCCUGCUUGGGCUGAUGUUAACUGGAAGGAACCAUGUUAGAAAAAAAAAGUACACUUUUUUGUAAUUUUUGUUAUUGGUAUUUUUUUUUUAUUAUAAUUGUUAACUAGUAUAAUAUUAUGACUCCAACGGUUUUUUCUUGCAUUCGAUUUUAAUUAUUUAAUUUGGUAAACUUGUUUGUACGUUAUGUUUGCAAUAAGACCCAGUGAAACCUUUGAGGUUGCCUCCGUCUAGAGAUAUGCCUGUGUUGACAAUUUUUUAACUAACCACCGUCUUAUUCAUAUGCUUGUCCGUUGUAAAGAUUCUUCGAGACAAUAGUUAAUAGUAAAUAAAAAAAAAAACGAUACAUUAUUCUUUUGCUAUGAAUGCUAAUUAUUUUAUAGCAAUUGAAUGGCAGUCAAACACUUGACAAAGCCAGCAGGUAUACUCACAUUCAAAUAAACCCUUUGAUAGGGAAAUGUAGCCAGCAAAAACUAUUUUUUAGACAAUAAAUAUAUUAAUUACCAGACCUUUUCUUUUUAAUUUAAGGUCCAAGUUAUGUAACGAUAAAUCCCUUUAGUGCGAUUCAUUUUAGUCCUAAAUUUUGAUUAGUUUGCUGCAGAUAGUAAAUAUUUCACAGAAUAGUUUGAGCGAUAAAUGACUGUUUUUA